GAAGUUUGGCAACUCUCUUGAAUGUUUUCCACUUUUGAAUAAUCUUUCUCACUGUAGAAUGAUGGACUUUAUAGUUUAAAAAGGUCUUAUAACCCUUCUCAGUUUGAUGGGCAGCGACAACUACUUCUUUAAAGUCAUUGCUGAUGUAUUUCCUCCUUGGCAUUGUGUUAAACCUAAAUGCUCCAGACCAGCAAACUGCUAAAAUUUUGUCUUUUAUAGAGGAGGUCACAUUUACUGGGGAUCAAUUAAGCAAGGGCAUUUGAUUAGCAGCUUCUGUCUGCUAUUUAGCCUCUUAAUUCAUAUGGAAGCAGUAAGGGUGUAAAUACCUUUUCACUCAUGGCUUUUCCAUUCUGGCUUUUAUUUGCAUUGAAUAAAUCAUGACACAAUGCAAUAUGUCCAGUGUUUUUGUUCAUCUGAGAUUGUAUUUACUUAAAUAUAAGACCUGCCAAGGAACAGAUUAUUGUUAUGUCCUGGUAUGUAAAACCAUAGAAUUCAAAGAGGGUGUACUUUUUUUUUUUCACAUGACUGUAUAUCUCUUUGUGGGAGGAUAUGUGUUGGGGGGAAUUGCUUGUGAAGUGUUGUAAAUAUGGUUGAGCUGCUUGUGUACAUGCCCCACCCCCCCCUCCCUGCAGGGUAACAACAGGAAAGGGGAAAUAUAUAUAUAUAUAUAUAUAAUAAUUUUUUAAUUUUUUUUUAUAAUUUAAGACAGCCCCCUUUACAAACACUACACCCCUAUGCACACAAUAUAUGUGACCAGGGAGGAGCACUGGCUACAGCAUAUGUUUGUACUCCACGUCAAAGCAUGAUGCAGUACUGUGUCUUAUGUUCUUAAGGGAUUAAACACAAUUUAAAAUAAUAAUAGGAUUACAAUAACAUACAUUGUAAUAAAUGCAAUUUAAUUGUUUAUAUUCUCCACAUUUCAACAAGGAAUUGCAAAAUAGCUUGCAUGACCUCUCGUGUGCGGCUCCUUUCCUAUGCAAUUGCCUGCCUGCCUACCGCCAUCAGACUCUCCCCUAGUCUUCAAACAUUUAAGAAGUGCCUUAAAACACAUCUAUUCAGGAAAGCUUAUGGCCUCCAAGAGUAACCUCUACCUUACAUAUCUGUCUCUUGCUCUCUCCUAUAGGGCAGUGCUUUACUGUCUCCUCCAGCUCUGCUUCACUCCCACCUUAUUUGAUUGAUAUUUUCUGUCCUAAUGUGUCUUAUACCCCACCUCCUAUAGACUGUAAGCUUGUUUGAACAGGGUCCUCUUCAACCUAUUGUUCCUGUAAGUUUUCUUGUAAUUGUCCCCCCCUUCUCAUAAUAUUGUAAAGCGCUACAGAAUCUGUUGGCGCUAUAUAAAUGGCAAUAAUAAUAAUGUAAAUACAAGUAGCAUACUUUUUUUAAGUUUUACUAGGCUUUUAUUGAGUAAUUAAACUGUUCCUGUUAUAUUUUUAAACAUUUUUAAAAAAUAAUUUAUAUAUUUAUAUACGAGGUAGGGCAACAGGGCCUGACUGUCAUGGCAAUAGGUCACGUUUCACAGGAGCUCCUACCGAAACUCUACCUUCUCUUACCGGCAUUUUUGGCUCACAAACUAGGGCUAAAAUCCUAUUCUUGUACUGCCAAAUCAACUGGGAACACUUCCCGCUGUAAUUUGGUGCUGUUUGGCCAAAGAUUCCUACUGCCAUUUGUUAGGCCUAACAGGCGCUGUGGAAGGUAGAUGCGGCCAAUAGCCGGGCCCAGCCAGGACUCCACCAAACUGAGACUUCGGACCAAUGGGGAUGAUCACAGUCCCCACCCUGGAGGCUCCCCAGACGUGUAAAACCCUGUGGUAGUGCCACACUCACCAACUGUCCCAACAGAGGUACUUCUAAAAUGGCAGACGCCACAUGUGCCCCGCCCUCACUAUCACUUAUCGCCUUCAUGAAAUAUUUUAAUACUACUGGAGAAAGCUGAGAGACAAGUGGAACAAGCAUGUCUCGUGGGUCAUCCAUGACCCCCUGGGCUCUCCACGACGCACUCACUACCGACCGGAAACUACCACGACACAACCAAAAUGUAUCAGGCGCCGGAUGCCGAACAUCCAUGCCUCUGGAAAGCAGAAACCCAAAUCAGCAUGGCAUCUGCACAAAUAUGAGGCGUGCAUGGGGUGCACACACACAGACACCAACAAGCUCUACAGGACCAAUACCUGCACAUGGAGCACUAGGCCUGAAGGUCUCUACGAAUCUGGGGGACUGUAUCCAGCUCGCAACAGGCAUAGGCUGAACAGCUCGCCAGACAUCCUACUGCAUCCUACCCCAGCUUGAUGCAAAUAUCUUUGAUUUUAAUUUACUUUAUAAUCGUUUCGUAUCUGAAUUACCUCAUAACACCUGGGGGUAGUAUAAGGUAAUCCACUUUGCGUGGUUUAAUGGUUAUUAAGCAUGCUUACAUUUAUUCUCUUGCAUAAAAGUAACAGUACUAGUGAUUUCUACAUGCACUGUUAUUUUAAUUUAAAAUGAGGCUCUAAUAUACCGUGUGUAAUAGAAACAUAGAAUGUGACAGCAGAUAAGAACCAUUCGGCCCAUCUAGUCUGUCCAUUUCCUAAAUACUUUCAUUAGUCUCUUACAUCUAGGAUAGCCUUAAACUCCCUCACUAUGUUAACCUCUACCACUUCAGCUGGAAGUCUGUUCCAUGCAUCUACUACCCUAUCAGUAAAGUAAUCCUUCCUGAUAUUUUUAAACCUUUGCUGCUCUAGUUUAAGACUAUGUCCCCUUGUCGUAGUUUUUUUUCUUUUAAAUAUUUUGUUUUCCUUUCAUGUGCGCAUAGCUUUGGUUCAGCACUCUACUAUGAUUCUUGUACAACCACUUCAUGUCUCUGCAUAUAUGUUGCACUGUUCAACUCCUGUUAUUAUGCAUUGUGCCUUAAUAAAAAUGUCGAUUGACAAAAAAAAAAUAUAUACAAUGUAAGCCCAGGUUUCUGUGAAUGAGAAAUCUGUAGUCCACUCUAUGAUAUUAUUAUUUUUAGAAUAAACAAAAAGGACUUACCUUAUAAUUGGUACAAAUAAACACAGAAAAACAUAUUGCAUUGCACCACAGGCAUUUAAAAUACUGCUAGCAAAAGUAAAAUUUUGCCUGGACAAACAGCGAGGUUGUAAGAAUGUUUAAUAGAAUUGAGUGCCUUGAAGACUGAAAGUUGUACCACUGUGCUCUCUAAGAGGGUGAGACAUUCUUGUUUAAUAAAAGAUUGUCCCACCCUCAUUUGCUUAUGUUGCCACGUUUGUCUCUCUUCUCUGCACAGUGGAAAGCUGAAAGUUAUUGAAAUCCCAGAUUCUGUUUGGCUGCUAAAAUCAUAUUCUCUCAGCAAAUGUUUUUUGUUCAAAUAAAAUAUGUCUUCAUAUGCAGUUCAAAUACUGCCACAUCCACUUAGAAAAUCAGUCACAUAUUUUAGUGGUAACUACAGCAAACCUUACUAUAGCUUGGUUUGAUUAAAAGGAUAUGAAUCUCUUGGUAGCAUCUAUUUAAAUCGAUUUAUAUAAAUUAACUUUCAGGUGACACAUGCACAUGAAAUGCAAUUGUUGAGAAUUGGUAGAAUCCAUUAUAGAAUUGAGAUAGUAUUUCCACUAAAUAAGAAACAA